AUGGGAAUUAACUUCAUUUUCAACAGGACUGAUGUUAAGGACAUACAGCUGUGUUACCAAUCAGAAAAUGUAUCCUGUAUAAUGGUUAUUAUCCCUUCAGCAGUACGUGUUUUGUUAUAUGUUUUCCUUGGUUCAUUAUCUGUUCUGACACUGUGUGGAAACCUUCUCAUAAUCAUCUCCAUCAUUUACUUCAAACAGCUCCACACUCCAACUAACUACCUGAUUCUCUCUCUGGCCAUAUCUGACCUCCUUGUGGGGGCUUUAGUGUUGCCAUUCAUCAUAGCACUCUCUGUAGACUCUUGUUCAUAUCUUGCAGAUUUAAUUUGUAAGAUGGCACGCAGCCUUGAUGUUUUCCUAGGUACAUCCUCUAUUCUGAACUUAAGUUUUAUUUCUAUUGACAGAUAUUAUGCAGUGUGUCAUCCUCUGAGGUAUGAAAGUAAAAUAAAUGUUCGUGCUGCUGUGGUCAUGAUUCUGUUGAGCUGGGGAGUUUCUGCCCUGGUUGGAAUUGGUGUCAUAAUUAUGGGACUUAAAGAAGGAAAAUGUGAAGGCCGUUGUUUUUCAUUUAAUAUUGAUAUUUUAGGAAUCACUGGAUGUGUUCUCUCAUUUUACUUCCCAGUUGUUAUAAUGCUCAGUAUCUACCUAAAGAUUUUUCUGGUGGCACAGAAACAGGCACGCAGCAUCCAGAACUCAAACUGUCAGAGUAUAAAGUCUGGGGCCCUUGCCGCGCGCCUCUCAGUGCUCAAUCCCUUUAUUUAUGCCUUCUUUUACAGCUGGUUCCGAGUGGCUUUCAGAAUGAUCAUUUCUGGCAAAAUUUUUCAAGGUAAUUUUGCAAACUCAAAACUGCUCUGA